AUGGAAGUUCACGAAGCAGUAGCACACGAAGAUGAAUCGCAAUUUGCGACCGAAUUUACAGAAUAUCGAGAGAAAAAUGUUCGUCUUCCGGUUGAACAUUACACCAUUCACGAAUGUAUGUUAAAACCAUUACUCAACGAUGGUGGUUUGUUAACCGGCAAACGCAUUCUUGAUUUGGCUUGUGGUAACGGUCAUUAUACACGGCAAUUGAAAGAUUUAGGUUGUGCUUAUAUCCGUGGUGUGGAUUUAAGUGCACCGAUGAUUGACAUCGCACGCAAGAUUGAACGACGUGAUCCGAAAGGCAUUGAAUAUGAAGUGAACGAUGUUGUUAAUCUAUCUUCAUCGCAACAAUCAUAUGAUUUAGUUACCGGAUUUUAUCUGUUCGACUAUGCACGAGAUAGAGACGAAUUGUUGGCAAUGGUGCGCAUUAUUUCGAAUCAAUUGGGUGAAGGAAAACAUUUUAUUGGAAUUAUAGGCAAUGUCAUAGCAGGAAAAAAGAUGUUCGAUCAACGAAAAUACGGUGUUACACGAGAAAUCAAAGAUCCUCUCGAUGGAGAGAGAAUUCCCGAUGGAACAGAAAUUGUUGUUACGCUCUAUGACGAACAUGAUCAACCGACAACGCCCUUUAUCAAUUAUUAUUAUUCGCCGAGUACUUAUGAGCAAGUAUUUCGCGAAGCUGGUUUUAAAUCAUUAGAAUGGGUCCCUUAUCAAUACGAUAAGAAUGCUGAUGAUUACGCGUUUUUUGAUGAUUUAAUUAAUCGUGCUCCGUCAAUUGGCAUGGUGGCAAAGAAAUGA